AUGCCUGCAAAUCAACCCAACCAACUGGGAGGAGCUCGCACUCGAGCGACCGACCUGGAGGAGGACAGUGAAGACAGGCGCUGCGAUCUACGAAGCCAACCCCAUCGCUGCCGCCAAAGCGAAAACGUGAAACCCGCAAAUCACAACUUCGCCCAGUCAGCAACGCCGCCACACAACCGCUUCCAACGUGUCCUUGAUGUCAGCGGAUAUUCCGGGCUCAAAUCGGACUUGUUGGACAUCUUCGGAUUAACUGCGCCUCUCGAACGGCACCUUCUAUCGUCCCCCCGCCUGCCUCUUCCUCCUCCUCUCCGCCGCCAACUAACCCUGACAAUUCUUCUGACCCACCACUUCCAUCAUCCUCCUCCUCCUCCUUCUUCCUCUCGCCCACUGCUCAAACGGCGGCUGCUCAGAGCAACCGACACUACCACCACCUCCCCCAACUCCAGGGAUGAGGAUCAGGACUACACCUGCCCUCACUGCGACCGUACCUUCACCUCACACAUCGGCCUGGUCGGUCACUUGCGAAUCCAUCGCACAGAGACUGGCAAACCAGUGCGUGAAGCACCAACCUACACCCACCGCACUCGCCUCCACUGCCCACACUGCCCUCGCACCUUCAGGCAUUGCAUGGACCUUUUCGGCCACAUGCGUAUCCAAGAGAGCGGCCUUGACCGCACUCCCGACAAACCCACCACUUUCAACACAUCCACCGUGCACAACUCCACCCUCGUUCCAUUCGUCCACGCCAACACCACCACCACCGCCUCCUCUGUGUCUGACACUGACACCGCCGAAUUCUCAUGCCCACAGUGUCCACGCACAUUCACCUCACGCAUCGGCCUGAUCGGCCACUUGCGAAUCCAUCACACAGAGACUGGCGAACAAGUGCCUGGAGCACCCACCUAUACCCAACAAGCUCGUCUCAACUGCCCACACUGUCCUCGCACUUUCAGGCGUCGCAUGGGCCUAUUCGGCCACAUGCGCAUCCACGACGACCUGCGGUAG